AUGAGGAAUUUUUCUAGUGGUCCAUUUUAUUUACACCCUGAAAUCUAUUCUCACUUUUCAAUUUCUCCCUCAUUCUUCUCUCCUUACAUUCCACUUAAUUUCCAUUCUUUCUCAUUCUUUUCUCUCUACAUUCCAAUUAUUUUCAUCUCUCUCAUUCUUCUCUCUGUACUUUCUAUAUAUUUUCCCUUCUCUCUCAUUAUUCUCCCUUUACAUUCCACUUAUUUCCUCUCUCUCUCUCUCUCUCACUCUCAUUCUUCUCUAGUUAAAUUCCAUCUAUUUUCCUUUCUUUCUCUCUCAUUCUUCUCUCUUUACAUUCCACUUAUUUUCUUCUCUCUCUCAUUCUUCUCACUUUAUUUUCCACUUAUUUUCCUCUCCCUUUCUCAUUCUUCUCUCUCUACAUUCCACUUAUUUUUCCUCCUCUCCCAUUCUUCUCUCUUUAUAUCCCACCUACUUUUCAUUCUCUCUCAUUAUUCUCUCUUUAUAUUCCAAUUAUUUUCCUCUCUCUCUCAUUCUUCCAUGAAUACAUUCCACUUAUUUUCUUCUCUCUCUCUUGCUCUCAUUCUUCUCUUCUUCUCUCUUUACUCUCCACAUGUUCCUUUCUCUCUCAUUCUUCCCUGGUUGCAUUACAUUUAUAUUCUCACUUCUCUCCUCUCUCAUUCUUCUCUCUUUACAUUCAAUUUAUUUUCCCUUCUCUACCAUUUUUCUCUCUUCAUAUUCCACUUAAUUUCUCACAUCUCUCUUUCUCUCUUAUUGCUCUCUCUGUAUUUUCUUUUUCUUUCAACCAUUUUUCUAUUUUUCCUUUUAUUCUCCCACAUUUUCUUCCUAUUUUUUGUGUCUUCAGUUUAUUUUUUACUCUUUUUUUCUUUCAAAAUGGUUUUUCGUUCGUUGUCCAUUAUUUUCCUUCUGCAUUCAUUUUCUUUCCUUUUCUGCGUAUGA